AUGGCCGCUGCGACUGCUCUCUCCUCCUUCUCCUCUCUCUCCCUCCGCCCCUCCUCUCUCUCCUCCUCCUCCUCCUCCACAUCGUCCCCUUUCCCGGGUUUCGCAUUCUCCAGGGGCACCCGCUGCCCCUCUUUCCUGCUCUCCGGCCGGCGCGUGCACCCGCCGGCGGCAGCGGCCGCCGCCGGCGAUUCGAAGGACAUCGACACCACCUUCUUCGACGAGGUGAAUCCCAACGAGGAGGUCCCCUUCGAGCCGCCGGCCCCGCCGGAGGGCUACGUGCCGCCGGUGCCCUUCUACGAGCUUCCCCCGGAGUCCGAGGACGAGGUCGCCGCCGCCUACGAGGAGAUCUACGGCGCUGCCUACAGCGGGGUCACCGUCCUUGGGAAUGACGUCUACGUCAUGGACUCCAAGCUCAAGAAGUCGAGCGGAUUCGGCAGCCAGCGGAAGAAGGAGAAGGCGAAGGACGGGUUCGACGAGCGGGUGGUGCAGGUGAGGCGAGUCACCAAAGUCGUCAAGGGCGGCAAACAGCUCCAAUUCCGCGCCAUUGUCGUCGUCGGUAACAAGCAGGGCCAAGUAGGGGUCGGCGUGGGCAAGGCCAAGGAAGUCGUCGCCGCCGUCGAGAAGUCGGCUGUCAAUGCGCGGAGGAACAUCAUCACUGUCCCUCUGACUAAGUACUCCACCUUCCCCCACAGGUCAGUGCAAUGCACUCGGAAUCCAGUGAGCUAGAUCCAUGAAUCCAUGCCCCUUCCCCGAAGCCGAGAAGUUCCUCGUCGUCGGGUUUGCUUCUAUUUUAUGUGGUUGAUCUACGAUGAAUGCCGUUUUUCUUUGUGACCAUAUCUAAGAAGAACCUCUUCCUCCUCCUCCUCCUCCUCCUCCUCCUCCUCAUGGUGGAGGGGGAGGCUUCUAUCAUCUUACAACUGGUGCUAGCUAUUGGGAAUUCCAUAUGUUGUGCGAGUAAGCUUUCUCUUGCUUCAUGCUUUAUAUUCCGGGGGAUUCUCUUGGGAUACUUUUCAAUGCGCAGGCAGACCCUAUAAUUUUUCAUGUUGUUGACAAUUCUUCCGUAAAACACUUUCGUUCUGCUUCGCCUGAAUAAUUUCGCUUGUUCCUUCCGAAAAUCACUCGCUUCUUAUGUUGUCUUCUUGCUGAAUCAUACGCUUCUUGGAAUUCUUCCUUCACCAUGCAAAUCUUUAAAGACCAUUUAAAUUUUGUUUAAAAAAAAUAUUGACCUUCGCAUUUUAUAUUCAAACAAUGUUUACCAGACCUUUUAGAUCAUAGAAACCGUUUUGGUUAUGUAAAGAUCUGCAACCUGUUCUUGUAGUCCUUAUCCGAAACUAUAUUUUAUUUUUAGUUGUUAUAAUAACCAAUAAAAAGUGUUUGGCUUCUUGGGCUCAACCUAACAUUUAUAGCGGAUGUAGAGAGACUAUUUCUACAGUCUGGCAUUCAUAUCUCGUUGAUGACUAUUGAUUGCAUAUAAUCUGUCCCAAUAUGAUUAAUUCAGCUUUCUUCCGGAAAAAAAAAAUGCUUUUGAACUGUUUGGCUUCAGUUUCCCCUCUCCCUCUUCCUGGAGAAAGUCACUGUGAAACUUUUGGAUUUCAGCACUUUUUUUUUCCUAAUUCAUUCCUUUUAAUAUCUUUUAGGUCUUUAUAGCUUAACAUUCCCUUUCCCUACACUUUGAAGUGGACCCAACAAAUGGGUGAGCUGGGCCUUGAAAACUAUCAUGAUUUAACCUGCGAUUCAUGAGCAUGUUGGAAGGGGCGGCGGUAGACCAGAGUGGAUGCAACCUGAGAUCACGAGCCUUUUAUUCAUUAAGAUUGGUUAAGUAAUCUUAGAAAACCGUUGCCUAUAGAGGGUUACCCAUGGGCUCGUGGGAUUUUCUCUCUCUUCCUAUUUUUGAUGGAGGGCGUGCUCAGCUUCCAGAGGUAGAAACUUUUGAUUGUUUCAGAGACCUUUUCACCUCAUAUUCGUCUGAAUCUACUCUUCUACUCUCAGGGGCUCUGCUUUCCUUGACCAUGAUUAAUACUUCAUCUCUCUGUGAUAAUAUUUUUAUGAGCUAUCAAGGAUGAUGAUGUAAUAUAAAUAUACAUCUAAUUUUUCAAAGGAAGUCUUAAAUCUAUUUGUCCCUCAUCAUAUACAUAGAACAUUGAGCAUUCAACGUGCCUAAAUGAUUUUACAGACAGGGAUUGGCUAGUGACUGAUGUGGUAGAGGCCCUAUCUAAUCUACUCUCUAUCCAUAAGCUUGGUACAAGUGAGUCUCAUAUCCUGAACUAUGGAGAGUUUUAGAAAAAGUGUCAUAUCUUCAUCAUCGGCUUAGUCCAUACUCACAUUGGAAAUAUUUAGAUGAAUGCAUCUUGUUAGUGUAAUGGUCUCACGACAGUUGACUCAUAGUUGGUGUGAGAAUUGAUUGAUGGUGAGUUUUGAUUAAUCAGGACGAGCUCUGUCCUCUCUAUCGACUUGCAGGUGAAUGCACAUGGUGUCAAGAACCAAUUUGGAAAGCCAAAAUGAAACAGUUGCAUCUUAUACUGUAAUAAUAUUUUAUUUUAUUUUAUUUUAUUUUAUAUUUUUUCUGUGUGUGUUGUUGGACUCCCCUUUUCCUUUUACUCCUGCUAAUUAUGACUGCCCUCGUUGCCAAACUUGCUAAAGUUUUUCGGCUACUGUGAGGAUUAGCAGAGUAAAAAAGGCUUGUGUGUGUUGGAUGCUGUGUGGUGGCAGGUCGGAUGGAGACUAUGGGGCGGCGAAGGUCAUGCUGAGGCCGGCCUCACCAGGUACAGGAGUCAUUGCUGGCGGGGCCGUGCGGAUCGUGCUUGAGAUGGCGGGGGUCGAGAACGCCCUGGGGAAGCAACUGGGGAGCAACAACGCGCUGAACAAUGCCAGAGCCACGGUCACGGCGAUCCAAAAGAUGAGGCAGUUUCGGGAGGUGGCUCAAGAACGCGGGAUCCCCAUGGAGGAGCUCUGGAAGUGA